GUCUUUCAUCAUUUCAUCACCGGAGUGGAGCAAUAAAGUAAAAGUAACCGGAGUCUGAGUCGGGGGAUCUCCCCGGUGUAAAAAGGGUCAUCAAGGGGGAAAUGUUUCGAAGUAGGGAUCACUCAAGAAAUUUAAUGACUCGAGUCAGGAUGAUGAAAAAAACAAGCUCUAAAAUCGAUUCGAGUAUUGGGAUGCCCGGGUCGCUGUAACAAUUGAUUACGGCCGUUAAUAAUUCACUUUGGCAGAGAGCAAACGGUUGUUAGAGGAUCCCUUUUUCUUUAGAAUUGAUUCUCAAAUAGACCAGAUGAGCUCAGGAUAUGAAUGAUGAGCUAGAAGAGCUCUAAGACGAAAAAUGGAUGGAACGCCGAAAGCAUGAAUUUCACACCGCGCGAUGGGAAGAAGGGCAAGCUGAGCUCGCAAAGCUGCAGGCUCGCGGUGAUGGAGUCUGAAAGAAACAUGCAAAAUCUAACGAAUAUUAUAUAUCAUACGCUCAUGUGACAUGUUGAUGAUGGGGAUAGGCCUACAACCUGGUUACAUUCUUUUUGUCAAAGAUGUCGAAGUCGAUGUUAUUACUAUCCAGAUGAAGGCAGGACCACACGCAUAUUUUUAUUCCAUCUUCAGACAAAAUCGAGUGCGAAAAUUUUCAUUUUGUGGACUCUCGUCUUUGUUACGAAAAUAUAGAGAGUCGAUAGUUACAAAGAAAACAACAUCCCUUUCACGUGUUGGCUCUCCAGAAAAUCUUAC